UGUCCACAUGAGUCUUUUAUUCUGAAGUGAGGGUUCGUUCUCCAUUCCACCAAUCAGAGCAACUCCCACCGUCACGAGGCGUGUCGCUUCCGUGGGCAGACCGGAAACUUUCAGGCUCGACAUUUCAGGCGAUCCAUUUAGGAUGGAUAAAAAACGGAGCGGCGGGGUGUCUUGGGUGAAACCAGCCGAACCGUCUUUCCUGAAAAAGUUUAAAACGGACAUUGGAUACAAGGAGGGCCCGAACGUGGACACCAAGCGCCAGGUGAUGCCCACACCAGAGGAUGACAGCGGAAGUGAUCGAGAGGAUGAGUUACCACAAGUUGUUGUUCUGAAAGAUGGAGACCUGUCUGUAGAGGGGAAGGUGAUUAAUGAUGUAAACGCUGGAGGAGCAGCAGAAAAAGACGAGAAGACUUCCCCACAUGGUAAAAUCCUCUUCAAGAAACCUCCCAAGCGAUCUUCUGCGGAGAAAUUCCAGGGUAUCUCUGCCAGCUCCAGCAAGAAGAAGAAGAAUGAGGGUGGAGAAAGGGAGAGGGGGGGUGAAAAACCAUCAGGAAAGAAAAUAAAAAAUAACAGCCUUCUUUCAUUUGGAGGGGAUGAUGAAGAAGAGAAAGACUAAGUGUUAAAGAGCCAGACUGUCCUGAACAAGUACCAAACAUGCUCUGGAGAGGUUUUGGUGGUCCACGGUUUGUCUGACUCAGCUACAAACUAGUUUUGCUUUCACACUCGGAAUGAUGUAGAAACCAUGACUACAGGUUGGUCCCAGACACCUUAAGGUUGAAUCUGUCAAAACUUGAUCUGACCAAGUGAAGAACCAGACCACAAUGCUCCUACCAUGGUGAACAAACCAGGACUCGUCGAGCCGAACGCCCUUUUCAGACUCAUCACAAUUAAGUUUUCUGCAGCUCUCUAGUGAAAUUGUUCAAAUUGAGUUUUACUGUUAUUUCCUGUUUUGCAUUAAACAUUUUAUGAUCUGA